CUAAAGAAGGGUGGAGAACCCUGCCAGCGGCCAUUGAGUUCCCGCGCGUCCCGAGCCUCCGGCCUGGCGGACCCUUGGACCCCCUGGCAUCAUGACUGUCAAGAAGAUCGCAAUCUUCGGUGCCACUGGAAAGACCGGACUCACCACCAUGGCGCAGGCGGUGCAAGCAGGUUAUGAAGUCACUGUGCUGGUGCGGGACGCAUCCAGGUUGCCGUCUGAGGGGCCCCAGCCGGCCCAUGUGGUCGUGGGUGACGUUCUACAGGCCGCCGAUGUGGACAAGACGGUGGCCGGACAGGAAGCCAUCAUUAUCCUCCUGGGCACUGGCACUGACCUCAGUCCCACGACUGUGAUGUCCCAGGGCACCCGGAAUAUAGUGGCGGCCAUGAAGGCGCACGGAGUGGACAAGGUCGUGGCGUGCACCUCGGCUUUUCUGUUAUGGGACCCUGCUAAGGUGCCCCCGCGCCUGCAGGACGUGACCAAUGACCACAUCCGGAUGCACAAAGUACUGCAGGAGUCUGGCCUGAAGUAUGUGGCUGUUAUGCCUCCACAUAUAGCCGACCUCGCCUUUUUAAUCGACCGCAUCCAGGCUCCGCCCAUCCCCGCCAAGGACCAAUCAUUGGGAAGGAGGGCGUGGUCGCCACGCGAGUGGGCGGCCCUUAAGGGUAGUCGAGAGUCUGAAGUCGUGCGCCAGAGUCAGAACUGCGUCUCCCGAGCCGGGCGCCGGUUGCUGGUGGAAAGUGGCUACGUCUUCGUUCUGAUUGGCAGCGAGUGA